GCUUCUGCCCUUGCUAUGUAAACACUUGUAGCCUAGCUUCUCUUCUAACCACCUGAUAUAAUUCUCUGCAGUCACCCUUUUCCUAGUAUUUCUAGGCCUGUCUUUUCACUUUUGUAACUUUGACUACAUCACAGUUUCACCACCAAAUUACCCUCAGUCUGGCUAGGACCUUGCACCAGUCACAGAUUUGCUCUUCAGCCCUUAGUACGUUGUCCCAGAAAUGUCCUUUUCUUUCUUUACCAAACUGGAUUGUUUCACUGAGUCCUCCUUGCUCUAAUUCCACAUUCCUUUGUGAAAUUACUCUCUUUUUCCUUCAUAUCCACUGUCUGUAUUCUCUUUCAUACUCACUUAUGUAUGAGAAUAUGUGUAGGCAACUUCAUCAACACUAUCUUUAUCUUAUUUUCCAGCUACUCCCACUUAUCUUAUAUAAUGUGGGGUAGCCAUGUAUCUCUAUAGUAAAACACAUGGUUUUGUCUCUCAUACUUUAGUCUUUUAAAACCUGGCAUAAUGCCAUCUUCCUUCCUCUCAGAUACACCCCCACUCAGUCAAGGGACCCUGUUCUUUUCUUGUCUUGCAACUUACCUGGGGACCUCACUAGUACCAGUAUCAUGAAGAAAGUACCCAGUAGACACCGUAAGUGGUUCACAUAAGGAAGGAGAUUCAGCUCUAGAAAUCAUGUCAAAACAGCCGUUGGAGCUUGUCAGAUCUUGUCAAACUGUCCUACUGAUAACAUCAUGGAAAACUGAUGUUAAAUGAUGAUGAUUAUGAUGAUGAUGAUGAUGUCUAUCUGUCUAUCUUCCUAUUAAUAGAUAGAUAGAUUUCUGUAAAAUUAUGGAUAAUUUGACAGUUAAUUAUUAUGAUGCAAUAAUUUCUGUUACAGUCAUUAAAGUUAGAAGCGAUAUCGAUGUAAAUUCAUUUGAAUUCAAACAUGACAUGGAAGAACGUUUAGCCAGAAGUUAUGCUGAAGCAUACAAAAGAGGUCAACGCAUCAUGAAUGGAACUUACCGUCCUCUUCGGAAAAAACGUUUUGCUGUUGUAGAAGACAUUGCUUUACAGAUAAUGAAAAUUGUGCACUCUAAUCACAGAACCUCCAAGAAUGUAAGUUUGGUGUAUUAUAUGGAGAAAAAUGGCAGACCAGUUCCAGCUAAGGAUGCCAUAAAACACAUGAAUCUUAUCCAACUUCAAGAACUUGCUAUUUAUCUCAAUCAUGUUGUUGUUCUUAGAGCAGAAGCCUACCUUAAAACUCCUGAUGGAAAAUAUUCUGAGAACUGGAUCAUUGGAGUUGUUCUUGGAUCAGUUGCUGUAGUUCUCCUUUUCAUGUGGUGUGUUCUGUUUAUCUUCUUUAAAUGCUUCCGACGCCCACCUCUAAAGAUUCAAGAAGUAAAACCUAUCAACUCCUCUCUUGCUUCUUCAUUACAGGAAAUCAAAUGUAACCCAGAAUUGGUGCCAGAGGAUUUAAUAUCAAAGAAAGAAAACCAAAGAUCACUCGAGGAAAGAGACAGCCUAAAGAACCAGAAUGAAGUUGAGAAACAUUAUGUGAAAAUUCCACUUGAAGAAAUGUCAAAGCCAAAGAAUACCAAGAAAAGUUCCAAUAAAAAAUCUUGUAAAAUAGUUUCUGAAGAACAAGAGGUACCAGUUAAAAAUAAAAUGCUAAAGGCAAAGUUGGCCCAGUCUGUUGGUUCAACAAAAGAUUAUGAUGAGAAACCACUAAAAUUUGGAAAUUUUGAUCAGAAUAUGGAAAAGUUAAAAAACAAUGAAGAUGUUUCUUCAUCAUGUUAUGUGAAUUUACCUCCAAUACCAUCCCAUGUCAGUUUAGUAGCCACAAAACCAAAGUUUGACAAGGCUUGUUGUGAAAGAAGACAAAAUCUGCAACAACAAGAACUGCAGAUGCAACAAGAUUUAUCUCCAAAUGAAUUAUAUAUUAACCUGAAUGCUGAGUGUGAAGAGAUUGGCUGUGCAGAAUGUAACAGAAGCAAUUACACUAGGAAAAAUAAAAGAAAAGUGUCUAAACAAAGAAAAUGCAACCUCAAGCAUGCUUCUGAUGUGAACUCUUUCAAAGAAAGCAGUUUAAAUGAACUGUAUGAUGAUGAUAAACUAUGGAGGAGACAACCUGACACUUUACAACAAACAUGUGUUAAAAUGCAUAACUUAUUAGAUGAUGCUUUCCAGCUAAUUAGUAUGAAUUUGCCACAGCAAAACUUAAAGAAUAUAUCUUCUGGCGAUCAGUCUAAUUUCCCAAGAAGAAAUAUUAAUGAGAAGCAAAUGUAUCAACACCAUAAAAAGUCAAUUGCAGAACAAGUUUUAAUUAAUAGGAAACCAUUUCUGUCACAAUCUUUUCAUGAACCAAAUCAUGAGAUGCAACAUGUUCCAAAGUACUUCCAGUAUCAGCAAUGUAAAUGUACUCCUCAACUUGGUUAUUCUAGACAUAAUAUUUCUCCUUCGUGGAACAAAGCAGGAGAUGAACUGAGUAAAAUUUCUUCUGAUGAAGCUUGGAUACCUUUUAUGGUCCCAAAUAAAGACUGUUUUGAUCAUAAACAUUCUCCAAAACCUUUGAUGCAUUCUACUCAGCAUUUCCCAGAGAAUCAUAAAGAAAAUAAUCUCAUACCUGGCAUCAAUAAUUUCUGUUGUAGUACCCCAAGUUCCAGUUAUUACUUCCCUCACUUGUCUAACCCAACUUCAUAUCCUGCUGCCAGACAUCAGUUAUGUCCUCGUAGACAAGUUACAACGAGUCUAGACAUCUCAACAAAUCAAUUAAGAACUAUUGGCUCUAAGAUACCAAACUUGUCUUCUAAGAACAGUAAUAAAAUUAGCACUGUUCAACAAUUUUCCAGAUUCUCUCCACAGACUUCCAGUUCUAAUCAAUCAUUCUUACAACAAAAGAUAUCACAGAAAGCUACAGACGAUGAAAUUGAUGCUAUUUAUAAGAACAUCAAGCCAAACUCCUCACAACCUCUCAUUCAGUCAAUCAGAGAAGAAUUAAUGACAGCAUCUGCCUAUAAUAAUGAAAUUAAUUCUUUCAAUAUUCUUGAAUAAAUUCAAAUCAAGAGGAAGAAGCUAAAAAAAAAAAAAAAGGAAAUGUUUCCAGAUGUUAUUCUCUGAAAUGCAUUUCCUAACUAGACAGGUGCAUUAUUUCUUUUGUAUGCAAGGCCAGAGUAAGUUAACUUUAAAAUACCAAAAUUUCAUGAGAUCUGGUAUCAAAAGAAUUUGCAUUCAGUUACUGAGAGAACAUUUGAGGGUGGGGGGAAGGUCACUUAACCCACUGAAAACAGUACCCAAAUCUAUGUAUAUUUGCAUUACAGUCUUAUAGGAUGAAAGGCACUUUGAUUAAUAGAGUCUUGAAUUCACUGUUUGAAUAGAACAUGAUGGUUGUUGAUGGAAUGUUUUUAAACAUAGUUCUGUUGGGUCAGGGCUGACCUGAGGAGAAUUUAUUGUUAUUUUAUCACUUAGUGAGGAAGGAGAAUGCAACCUCCCUGACCCUUUAUAUUUUCAGUCUCCAAAACUGGUGGUAAUACGGGAGGAAGAUGUCCCUAAAUAGGAGACCUGGCCUGGACACUUACAACAGAAUGGACUCUGCUGAAGGUGCCCAAGGACAAGAGUGGUAUUACCCCAAAUGAGAGAUAAACCCUUUAGCAUUUAAGUUACUCUCUGAAAUGUAAUGCCUAUUUAUUCACAUUGAUUUGAAUUAAUCAUACAUAGCUGAGAUUUUGAUGAUGUGAUUGCUUACUUUAGAAUGACACUGUAGGGUAGGAGUGAGAGGUUAGAUCUCUGAAUAUUUGGCUGGAUAUGGCUGGUAUAAGUGUCAAAGAGUUGCAUCUACAAACCAAGAACUCAGAACAUUAAAAAGAACAAACACCACAGGGCAUCCAAUCCCACUCUCUAACAAUUCUGCAAGUUCACUGCCCUGGACUGGAACUUUACAUUAUUGACCCUGAAAGGAUGAAGUAAAAGUUGACCUUGGUGGAAUUUGAACUCAGAGUGAAAAGUUGGGAUAAAUACAAGGCAUUUUGUCCAAAAGAUUUAUAAAUUGGAUAAUUUACCACUUAAACGGUUUUAUAGCAAUAACAGUUGUAGCUUAAUAGUAAUGGUUGUUUAUCCAGUAGCCAAUCUGAAGAACAAAUGGAAUAUUUUACAAGGAAUACGUGAAUAUGAUUGUUAAACAGUGUGUUAUAAUUUAAAUUCUUUCUCUGUAAUAAUGAAUACUCAGAAAGUUAUUUAGUUAAAGAAUUUAAUAAAUAUUUAGUUGUUCAAUUAACUUCCUUUUGAUCAUUUGAAAGUUUGGUAGGAACAUACUGAGUUUUAAUGAUUUGUUAUCUGGAAUCAUAUUUAACGUUUGUAGUAAAGAAAUACACUUUACUUGAAGUUCUUGCCCUCUUGAAACCACAAUCAAUGCAUGAUCUGGGCAUUGACACAAGUAAUAAUGCAUCCUUCCCAGUUGGUAAUAAAAUGUCUAUAAGAUGGCUAGCCUGAUGAAUUCUUAGAACUUUCAGAACAAGAUAGCAGGAAAUCACAAUGGCCCUCAAAAUCAUUUUGACUAUUGCUCUCAACUAAGUCACCGGACAGUAUAAAAUUAAUGGUGGAACUUGAGGCUAUUCAGCAAAGCUUCACAGAAGAUAACCUCAAUGCAGCAGAUUAGCUACAAGAUUUCACAGCUCUAGCAUCACUCCUUUAUAGUCAGCCUGUGAACUUUUCAGCUCACCCUUGUAAUAUGCACUAUAAAAACAGUGCUGCAAACUAAUGAAAUAAACUCCUAUUCUCUCACUUCA